GAAGGCUCUUUAUUGACUCUCUAUAAAAACACAGUAACUGUAAAUAUCACUCUAGGAUAUAAGGCCGAGUACAUAACUAGGAAAGCAAUUAUCAUCGUUCGAUAUUAUUUAACCGUCAGCGACCAAAACACGAGUAAACUUGUCCACCAUUCGCAAUGAUUUCGUGAGUGAAAUUAACAUGAAAUUAGUUUGAAUUCAGUCGUGCGUAAAAAUUACAUAUCAGUGUGAUAUCUAAUAUAAUGAACAUGUUUCUGCUCGAUAUGUCCCCAGUUAAUAGGGAGAGAUAGGGUGACGAGCAUGGAAAACAAGGGCCGUGAUCGAAGGCCUUACGCGAGUCUGUGGAUUGUGUCUGGAAUUAUUUCGUUCAUCGGCUAUAUUCUGCACGUCGUAGGUUUCGCUACUAAUUAUUGGACCGAUCUCACGGUGGCAAACACUGGCUUGUGGAGAGUUUGUGUAGACAAUAAAGAUUGCUCAAAUGUGGGGGUUGACAAUGUUGACUGGUUUAAGGCAGUUCAAGCUUUAACAAUUAUCGGCAUCAUCCUCGGCUUCAUAGGGAUCAUUGUCAUCUCCUUCAUAAUAUGUUUCCCACGCCACUACAGAUGGCGAAUAGCAGCGUGUAAGUGUGCAGUGUUAGCAGGCUUAUCAGUCAUUUCGGCGAUCGCAGUCUACGGUGGGAAGAUGGAAACUAACGGUAAACUUGGUUAUUCUUACGGUCUUUCUACAGCCGGCGGCGGCCUAAUGCUGAUUGGCGGCCUAAUCCUGUGUGUAGACAUGUGCAUCAACAGGGGCUACAGACGUGGGGCAGGAAAGGUUCGUAACCGUCUACCGAAAAGGCUGUACUACGAGUCGAACUAUCCUCAGGAACUUCGCGCCCCUCCGUAUGAUAUCUACAAGAAACCCCAUCCCGAACAGGAGCCUCCCCGCGUGUAUGAAUGGUACCCUGUUUACCCUCAUGACAAAAAGGAGCCGUUCGACCGAAUUGACCGAUAUGAUUGGGGCGACAAGUUUGACCGAUACGAUACAUUAGGAUUGAACUAUGGCCGUUACGACCCAGGCCCUAUCACGUACGUCGCAUACGAACCAUACAACGGAAGAAAGACUGGACCCUACGAUUAUAAUUAACAAUAUUAUUAGGCCUGCCGCACAAGAUAUGAAAUCGUAAACUAGGUGGUGCUGUUGAAUGAAUGGGAAUAUUAAUAGAAUAACAAUGUUUUGGUGAAUACCAAAAAUCAAUUAUUUCAGCAAGAAAAGACAAUGCUAUAAAGGGUCUAUAAAAUAACACUAUAUAUUGUAGGUAACUCAUCAUACAUUUACUUCAGAGUCGCAUGUUUAAAAGGUCAAGUGGUUUUGUUUAUUUGUCUGAUAAUAGAGUGUAUAAGUACAUUUGAAAUAUUUCGUAUAAAUCUUAAUAAUAAAAUAUAUAAAUAAUAGUUCUAACAUGAAUAAACACGUUCACAAAUUCAAUAGUAUAUGCCUAUUAUUUACUAAAUAUUUUCUUACCGGAAUAUUUUCGACACGAUUUGUAUUGUUUACAUGUAUUAGGUUUUCAAUUAUUUGACACUAUAAAUGUAUGUAAAAAAUAUUGCUAAUUGUAUAA